CCUUGAGCCUGCGUCCUUGGUGAGGAUUGAGCGCGGCGGCCGCCACCUCCCCGCGAGCCCCGGGAACGCCCCUUCCGCUGCGGAGCCCUCAUUGCUGAGACCCGAGCCGCGGCGGCUGUUGUACCAUCGCCUCUCCCCGCGCCCAGCCUCGUCGAACACCAUGGCUACUCUCAAGGAGAAACUGAUCACUCCGGUUGCUGAGGCAGCCACGGUCCCGAACAACAAGAUAACGGUUGUGGGGGUUGGACAGGUUGGGAUGGCCUGUGCUAUCAGCAUCCUUGGAAAGGGUCUUUGUGAUGAGCUUGCUCUGGUUGAUGUUCUGGAAGACAAACUUAAAGGAGAAAUGAUGGAUUUACAGCAUGGGAGCUUGUUCCUUCACACUCACAAGAUUGUGGCAGACAAAGACUAUGCUGUCACAGCCAACUCCAAGAUUGUGGUAGUAACUGCGGGAGUUCGUCAGCAAGAGGGGGAGAGUCGUCUCAACCUGGUUCAGAGGAACGUGAAUGUCUUCAAAUUCAUCAUUCCUCAGGUUGUCAAAUACAGCCCCAACUGCACCAUCCUGGUGGUCUCCAACCCAGUGGAUAUAUUAACCUAUGUCACAUGGAAGCUGAGUGGCCUGCCAAAACAUCGUGUGAUUGGAAGUGGCUGCAAUCUAGAUACAGCUAGAUUUCGCUAUUUGAUGGCUGAGAGACUUGGCAUCCACCCAACCAGCUGCCAUGGCUGGAUCUUGGGGGAACAUGGUGAUUCAAGUGUUGCUGUUUGGAGCGGAGUUAAUGUGGCAGGUGUUUCUCUCCAGGAGCUGAAUCCUGCUAUGGGAACUGACAAAGAUCCAGAGAACUGGAAGGAGGUCCAUAAGCAAGUGGUUGAAAGUGCCUAUGAGGUAAUCAAACUUAAGGGAUACACAAACUGGGCUAUUGGCCUUAGCGUUGCUGAGCUCUGUGAGACCAUGUUGAAGAACUUGUGCCGGGUUCAUUCAGUCUCAACACUGGUAAAGGGAAAGUAUGGGAUUGAGAAUGAUGUCUUCUUGAGCCUUCCUGCUGUCCUAAGUGCCUCUGGAUUGACAAGUGUCAUCAACCAAAAGCUGAAGGAUGAUGAGGUGGCUCAGCUGAAGAAGAGCGCGGAUACAUUAUGGAACAUCCAGAAAGAUCUCAAAGAUCUGUAACUCAUGAAUGUUUGAUUCAGCAAUAGAAAAACAGUGUUGUGUGCAAAUGUGGGCUCUACUUGCUACACAUCUCUGUGGUUAACAUUUAAUGCUCUUCCAGACUGAACUUUGUCCACAGUAGCUAAACAUAUGCUUGCUGUAACGCACAGACCUUAUGAACAAAUAAAGCAACUUUUCAGGCA